UGGGAGUGAUUAUGAUUAACCUAAGGUUAUUUUGUUAAUUACUGAUUAACACAAUCUUGUUUUAAUUUGAUAUUUGCCUGGUAAUGUGAUCAACGAGUUAAUUGUUAAUUUGCUUUCAUUAAACAACUAACAACAUGAUGAGCAAUUUAAUACUAAUCAGUGUUUAUAUUUUUAUCCAAAUGAUAAUUGUAACAAUUAACUGUUCAGUUAUUAACAAUCAACUCGAUGAAGAGUUGUAUGUACUUUAUGGUGAAGGAACCACGGUUUAUCUUUACAAUUUAACUGUGUUUACAUCAUCAAAUUUAAGUGAACAAUUUGAACCAAUUAACGGAAAGUUUCCCAUUUAUAUUGGAUUAAAUCUCGAUAAUCAAUUUAAUCCAAAUAAUCUUGUUCAAUUGGAUCAUGAGAGCAAUUUAAUCAAAUUCAAUGAAACCUAUCACUUCAUAUUCAGUUCAAAAUAUUCAUUGGAAAAUAUAACAAAUAUUAACAUUAAACUGACCACUGAUGAGACAAUUAAAUUUAAUUGUUUCUAUCUUGACAAGAUUGUCAUCCAGCUAAUCACAGAAAAGAUUCCGAUUCCGACAAAAAUUUUCUGUGAGAACAACAAUCAACCAAUUAAAGUUGAUUCGGAAGCAAUUAAGUCAAUUGGUAAAUGUGACAUUGGCCCAUUGGAACAAUUAACUUGGCUUAAUUUAGACAAUCCAAGUAAAAUUAACGUUAAUUAUGUUCCAAUGGUGAAUCUUAAUUAACGAAACGAAACGAAAAAGUUUUUUCAUUGUAACGAAACGAGAAAAAAAUGAAAAUAAAUAAUGUUAAUAGACUUUAAUUAAGUUAA